GCGGAAGCCAGGCCCGGGGCGGCGCAGGGCGCCGGGGCGGAGCGUGGCCGAGGCGCUGCAGCCGGAGGCAUGGCUGCGCCGUGUGGGGAGCAGAUCCCCCGCGAGCAGAUCCCCCAGGAGCAGAUCCACCGCGAGGUGCAGGAUUACUAUGGCAAAGAGCUGCAGAAGUCGGAGGACCUGAAAACCAACGCUUGCGUCACCUCGGCCAGGCCGGUCCCCAAGGCGAUCAGAGAUGCUCUGGAGCGUGUCCAUGAGGAGGUGGUGGCCAGGUACUAUGGCUGUGGUCUCAUCGUCCCCGAGUGCCUGACGGCAUGCCGGAUCCUGGACCUGGGCAGCGGCAGCGGCAGGGACUGCUACCUGCUGAGCCAGCUGGUUGGGGAGCGGGGCCACGUCACUGGCAUUGACAUGACCGAGGGCCAGGUUGAGGUGGCAAAGAAGCACAUUGCGUAUCACAUGGAGAAGUUUGGCUACCAAAAGCCGAACGUGGACUUCCUCCAGGGCUACAUGGAGAAGCUGGGUGAUGCCGGGCUGGCUGAUGAGAGCUACGAUAUUGUCAUCUCUAACUGCGUGAUCAACCUCGCCCCCGACAAGAGGGCCGUGCUGCGGGAGGCCUAUCGCGUGCUGAAGCCCGGCGGAGAGAUGUACUUCAGCGAUGUCUACGCCAGCCAGCGCCUGAGCGAGGCCGUGAGGAAGCACAGGGUGCUGUGGGGGGAGUGCCUGGCGGGAGCCCUGUUUUGGGGAGACCUGUACAGCAUCGCUGAGGAGGUGGGCUUCAGCCCCCCGCGCCUGGUCACCGCCAGCCCCAUCACCAUCGGGGACAAGGAGCUGGAGGGCAUCGUCGGGGACUGCCGCUUUGUUUCCGCCACAUUUCGGCUCUUCAAGGUGCCGGGGAGCAGCCGUGCUGGGCCGGGCCAGGUCAUCUACAAUGGUGGGAUCGUGGGACAUGAGCGAGAGCUGGUGUUUGACGCCAACUUCACCUUCAAGGAAGGAGAGGCGGUGGAUGUGGAUGCCGAGACGGCCGCGGUACUGCGCAGCUCCAGGUUUGCGGAGGAGUUCCUCAUCCGAGCUGGCGGGGCCGAUGCCGCCGCACCCCAGGGCUGCUGUGGCGGGAGGGUGAAGGAGAAGAUCUGCGACCCCUUCCUGCUGCUGGAGAAGCUGGCGGCCCCGGCUCCCGCCUGCGGUCCCGCUGGCACCUGCGGGCCCCGGGGCUGCUGCUGAGCGGCGAGCGAUGUCCCCGUGCCGCUGGGUGCCAGCGGGGCAGGGGGCCGCAGCCCACAGGGCGUGUGGUUUUCACCAGAGAAAAAAUAGAAAUAAAUGGCCGAGAUGAAACACUGUGGGGUUGGA